AUGAGGCCACAACUCAUAUCAGCAACAGUGAUGGCACAGAAUCACGUCGAUGUUGAUGCUCUACUUGAAGACUACGCAUGGAAGCAUUUCAACGAUAUCCAAAGUAUAAGACGAACACGGAUGGAUGAAUUCAAGAAUCUGGAACGUGAAGAUGUGGAAUUUGUUAUGGUAGGUAUUGCAGUCUUGUCGUGCUGUUGUAAACCGCAAAUUCCUGAUUGUCUUUUUGUUGGUUGCACUACUGAUUUCUAUCCUGACGGAUACUGCUGCUGUGGAGCUGGUUCUGCUAAUGCUACUGAUACUUUUACCGCUGCUGCAGUAUAA